CUUCUCCUUCUUCAAGCUUUUUCACACUUUCCCCUUCUCCAGUCCCCGAAACUAAAUUUUGACAGCAGCGGCAGCACCAGCAAUCUGUCGUAGUAAGUCUGUCGUCGUCAUGGAAGGCGGGGAAGGAGGGUCGGGAAGACAGUCGCCGACGCCGUGCUACAAGAAGAGGAAGGAGGGGGAGGGGGAGGACUUUCUGGCGAGCGCGCGCGACCACCUCGACCAGUUCAAGAACACCACGGCCGAGCGCCACUGGAUCUGCCUCAAGAACACCGUCCGCCGGGCCAAGAACACCACCUUCUUCGCCGCGUUCUUUGGGCCAUCAAAGGUCGGCGGCGAGAGCGAUACAGGCGCAAACGACACGGCCAGCUCACCGGGAGAUCCAAUCUCGUUAGGGUUUGAUUAGUACAGCAUCAUAACACAGUAAUCGAUCUUUCGAGUCUUAAAGCUUUGUGGUGAGGAACAGAAGAUCGUAAGUCGUAUACCGGUUUCGAUACUAUUUUGCAACGAAAUUAGGUUUUUGUUGCUCUUGAGUUUUUGGUAUGCUGUGUUCUUUGAUCUUCUCCCUGCUGCUGUAACAGUUUAUUUUACAGAUUCAUAGUUCAUUUCCACUGUUAUUGCAAUUGUUGAACUCUGCAUAUUUAUGUAGCAUUUAGUCACUCUACCUGUUAAUUAUAAUAUGUACUAUUUCUAAGAGAAAA